AUGCCGAAAACAGAAGAUCUCAGUACAUCACAGGCCCUGUCUGACCUGAUGAAUGAGGAGCCCGCCCAACAACGCGGCACUUCCGAAGACGUUGCCAUACCGAUGGACUCUAGGCAGCCCAGCCUAACGAACCGAGUGUUGCGUCACAUCACAACUUCGUCAAACACUACGCCAGGGCCGCCUCCUGAAGGGGGUCGCUGGGCAUGGCUUUGCGUACUUGGGACGCACUUGGUGGUGAUGAACACCUGGGGAGUUAUCAACUCUUUUGGCGUCUUUCAAAGCCACUAUGCUCAAACGCUGCGACGACCUCCUUCUGAUAUUUCUUGGAUUGGAUCAAUCCAGAUUUUCCUCCUUUUCUUCAUCGGUAACUUCACGGGACGUCUCACUGAUGCCGGGCUCUUUCGCCCAGUUGCUCUCGUAGGCUCUAUCUUAGUUGUCCUUGGCAGCAUAGCUACAUCUUUUUCGACCCAAUACUGGCAAAUAUUCUUAUCUCAAGGAGUAUGCGUCGGGCUUGGAAACGGCUGUCUCUUCUGCCCGACCAUCGCUCUCGUCUCAACCUACUUCCAGAAACGGCGAUCCUUGGCCAUCGGCUUCACGGCAUGUGGUAGCACGACAGGAGGUGUUCUCUUUCCCGCUAUCGUGCGCCAGCUGCUCCCACUUGUAGGGUCUGGCUGGACGAUGAGAGCAAUUGGACUUGUACAGCUCGUGGCUCUGGCCAUCGCCUUGCUAUCCUUAAGAACUCGACUUCCGCCUCGCAGAACGGGGCAAUUAGUUGAGUGGGAUGCGUUCAAAAAAAUUGGGGUACACGUUCUAUGGCAUAGGGAUGUUUUUGAGUAUCAGUGCUUUUGGGGCUCUUACUUCGCCUUCUUCUUCACUGCCGCCUACGCCAGAGAUAUCCUGGGUAUGUCUUACACAUCGUCGCUAGAUGUCCUGAUGAUUAUGAGCGGCGUUGGGAUCGUCGGCCGGAUUUUACCAAGCUAUCUGGCAGACCGCAUCGGGGCCCUGACAGUGCUCGUACCGACAGCCGGCGCUGGUGCUCUCAUCAUGUUCACUUGGCUUGCAGCGGACACAAAGGGUGCCUUCUACGCAUGGGCUGCGAUAAGCGGGAUCAUCUUGGGGGGCAUCCAGGCGGCAUGA